UGCCAGUUGGGGGCAGAAAAGGAGACUUCACGCUGGGAAAGCCGGGUACAAAAGGGAGGCGACGCCUCUCCCGCGGCAACAGUUUCCUGCUCUGCUCGCCCAAGGUGAUUCACUUUGUCCAGGAACACUUCGCAAUCCAGAGCCGGCCAGUGUUUUACCGACGACCGCUCAAAGACAACCUGAUACAGCCAUGCUCGGUAUAAGAUACUUGGUCGCAUUUCUCUGCAUCAGCUCCAUGAUCUGGGAUACCGCGACCAGCAACCAAGUCGGUGUCUGCAUCAGGAACUGCGCCCAAUGCAAGAAAAUGUUCGGCGCAUAUUUUGAGGGUCAGCUUUGUGCUGACACUUGCCUUAAAUUCAAAGGGAAACUCAUACCGGACUGUGAGGACGUCUCAUCUAUCGGACCUUUCCUCAAUAAAAUCGACUGAAACGAACUUUUGUACCAACGACAAGUAUGGGACAUCAACUAGUCGAAUAUGCUACCAAAUAAUUAUAAUUUAUAAGACCAAUUAAAGCUGUAGUUAAAAUAUUUAAUGUACGAUGUGAAAUUUAA